GGGUCUUGGGAUAGGGCCCCGGGAGCAUGUCCUUGGUGAUGUGGGAGGCUGGAGGGCAGACGAGGGCAAGUGAGAAGGCACCCAAUUCUGUCUGACGCCCCGAAGGUUUCAAGCUGCAGUGGCUGCGGAGGCUGGAGCCCGAGACGUCCAGGUACCAGCGAGACCCCGCAUCCGCUUUUCUAAUACACAAACUACGCCUCCGCCCCCAGCCCGGACACGGCCGCCGAGACCCAUCCAAGGAUAAUGAGGACUCAGAACCUAAGCAUCUACUGUGGACAGCUGACCCACCUCCCCCAGGAGCAGUACAAGUAAAGCGGAGUUUCCGGUUCCGGUAGGGCCGUCCCUAGCGGCGGAGAUGGCGGCUACAACGGCGGAGGCCGCGGCCUCAGGCUCUGGAGAACCCCGGGAAGAGGCUGAAGCCCCCGGUCCCUCCUGGAAUGAGUCCCAGCUGCGCAGUUAUAGCUUUCCGACCCGGCCCAUCCCGCGUCUGAGUCAGAGCGACCCCCGGGCGGAGGAGCUUAUCGAGAAUGAGGAGCCUGUGGUGCUGACCGACACAAAUCUUGUGUAUCCUGCCCUGAAAUGGGACCUUGAAUACCUGCAAGAGAAUAUUGGCAAUGGAGACUUCUCUGUGUACAGUGCUAGUACCCACAAGUUCUUGUAUUAUGAUGAGAAGAAGAUGGCCAAUUUCCAGAACUUUAAGCCAAGGUCUAACAGGGAGGAAAUGAAAUUCCACGAGUUUGUUGAGAAACUGCACGAUAUACAAGAGCGAGGAGGGGAAGAGAGGUUGUAUCUGCAGCAAACACUCAAUGACACUGUGGGCAGGAAGAUUGUCAUGGACUUCUUGGGUUUUAACUGGAACUGGAUUAAUAAGCAACAAGGAAAGCGUGGCUGGGGGCAGCUGACCUCCAAUCUGCUGCUCAUAGGCAUGGAAGGAAACGUGACACCUGCUCACUAUGAUGAGCAACAGAACUUCUUUGCUCAGAUAAAGGGCUACAAGCGAUGCAUUUUAUUCCCUCCGGAUCAGUUUGAGUGCCUCUACCCAUAUCCUGUUCAUCAUCCGUGUGACAGACAGAGCCAGGUGGACUUUGACAAUCCUGACUACGAGAGGUUCCCCAAUUUCCAGAACGUGGUUGGUUAUGAAACGGUGGUUGGUCCUGGUGAUGUUCUUUACAUCCCAAUGUACUGGUGGCAUCAUAUAGAGUCAUUACUAAAUGGGGGGAUUACCAUCACUGUGAACUUCUGGUAUAAGGGGGCCCCCACCCCUAAGAGAAUUGAAUAUCCUCUCAAAGCCCAUCAGAAAGUGGCCAUAAUGAGAAACAUUGAGAAGAUGCUUGGAGAGGCCUUGGGGAACCCACAAGAGGUGGGGCCCUUGUUGAACACAAUGAUCAAGGGCCGAUACAACUAGCCUGCCAGGAGUCGAGGCCUCCUGCCAGGCGACAGCUAGCCCGUCCACACCGCUUCAUUGAUGAGGACAGGAGACUCCAAGCACUAGUAUUGCACGCAGCACUUAAUGGACUGGACUCUUGCCAUGGCCCUGGAGGCAGGUGUUUGGGGCAAGGCAGGGUGGUUGGCGCUCCACUCCCAUUUGGAGGAAUUUCAUACCCUUGCCUCUGUGCCCCAGCACCUUCCCUCCCUGCCCCUCUAAAGUCCUGCAUUCAGUGUGUGGAGUUCCAGCUUCUGGUUGUCAUCAUGUCUGUGUGUGUCAGUGUGUCAACCUCAGGAUGUGUGUGCAUGCACACGCAUUGUGUACCUGUUCCUUACGCCCUUCUUUCAGGUCAGGACCCCACUUCCGGCUCUCAGCCCUAUCUCCUGCAGCCUCUGUGCCUCAGCCUGAGAGAGAGGAGAUGCUCUUGGAAGCCGCUGCAUCUGGGCUGCAGGACCAGAGCUAUCCUGACCUUUAGGUCAGUCGGCUUCCUUCAGGUUUCACAGAGUCAGGCUCUAGACUGUGUGGGAAUGGCUACUGGGAUUCUUAUGGGGAGAGUGAGAAGGAGGCUUGCUUUGAGGGCCUGGAGAGUUUUUUAUGAGAGAAUUAGGUUCCAACUUGGACCUUCAUGCUCAAGCCAUAUAUAGAAAAGAGCCUUGGAACACAAGAACCAAGGAUUAUGCAUAAGUUUCAAAUUUUAGACACAUAAAGCUUCUCUCUUUCCGCACCAGCUCUUAUUCCCUGUGCUACGUACCAAGGGAGUCCUAGCAGUGGCUUCUUUGGAUUCAAAGGGUGCACAACUCUGUGCAGGGCGUGUGUGUGCCUGCACACUGUCCUGCCUUUCUGCUUAUCAAGUUUCUCUACUGCGUAAUCUUACCCAGGCAGACAUACAGUGGAAGCCCCAGGGCAGUAUUGCCUGACUCAACUCAGUUUUAACCAUUGGAUGUUGGUCAGGGCUCACUGCAACCUGCCUGAGGCUGAUUGGCUGGCCUCUUCUGCCUAGGCUACAUCCUCUAUGUCUGUGGAGCUCCCUGGCUGAGUAGAAAAAAUGGGGUCCAGCUUAGGCAACUAAGUCACCACCUGUCAUCCACCUCAAGGCAAGGACAAAAAUGUAGCCUUGUCUCUUAAAGCCAGCGCCUCUGCCAGACCGCACUGUAAUGUUUCACAAACACCCUCAGAAGUCAGGGCAACUGGUGGAUCACAGAAAUAUAAUUUCCUUUUCAUAGCUACUCAUGGGAACCCCUCUCAGGGCUGCAGCUUAACAACUGGGCAGCUGUGCACUGCACAACUCAAAGAGCCACCAUUCACAUCUGUUCCGUGGGAGUGGGGCCCCUGGAAUAUGGUGGCCCUCUGUCAUGUCGCCUCCACUUCCAUCUCCAUGUCCCUUCUCUCUGGAAGGAAAGAAGAGUUGGAGCCUCUGGGUUUAUAUUUUUCUUUUUCUUUUUUUUUUUUUUUUGGCCAAAGGUUUACUUCCGGUGUCUGAGCUAUGGCUCUUACCCCCAAAGCUCAGUUUACAGUUACAGUGCACUGAUGGACUGAGAGGAUGUGUGUGUAUGUGUACCCGUGUAUUUUACGAGGGGUGUUUAUUUUUAGUACUCCAUUCUGGGGUUCUCUGAUGCAGUGUGUGCACAAACACGGUACCUUCUCAAGUGUAGUUCUUUCAAAUAUAGCCAAUGCUGGAAAA